AUGCCUUCAUUGCCAGACACACAGUCGCUCGUGAUCCAGAAGAAGAAUGUAGAGCUCCCUCCGGAUCGUCUACCUCUCGCUGUAGUGGAUGGGAAGCCGGUGCCUCAGAUCAGGGGCGACCAUGAUUUGUUGGUACGGGUUCUGGCAGUUGGCUUGAAUCCUGUGGACUCGAAAAUGGUUGCCCAUUUCUUUAUGGAAGACACACCUACGGGAUGCGACUUCUGCGGAGUUGUCGAGAUGGCCGGAUCCGCAUCAAACAUUCCUGUCGGAACGCGCAUCAUCGGAGGCGAGCUCCCUUAUCGUCCGAACAAUCACUACCAUGGAGGGUUCGCGCAAUACGCCGUGACCGACUGUCGCAAUGCUCUUGUGGUGCCGGAGGACUGGAGCGAUACCGUUGCCGCCGGACUAGGCAACCUAUCCUGGGCCACGGUCGGACUAGCGAUGUCGAAAGCCGAAGCACUGAAUCUCGAGGGCACUCCAUCAAAUCCAGCAGCAAAAGCACUGCCUGUCUUGGUGUAUGGGGCGGGAACAGCGACGGGCGUCAUUGCCAUCCAGAUGCUGAAACAAUCGGGCUAUUCGCCCAUUGGUGUUUGUUCUGAAAAGUCGUCCGAGCGUGCAAUCGCCUGUGGCGCAGUUGGCACUGCAUGCUACACAUCUCCAGAUUGUACCAAGCGCAUCUUGGAGCUCGCGGCAGGCGUGCCGAUCAAGCAUGCUUUGGACUGCAUCACCCAGCCGGAAACUGUCGAGAUGUGCUUCCAGGUCCUUGCGCGAGUCGGCGCACGGUAUGCAUGUCUCGAGAACUGUCUCGAGUCCUGGCGAUCGCGGCGUUCGGUCAAGGUCAGCGUCGUCAUGGGCUACGAACAGCUUCCCUAUGACAUUGAUCUGGAUGAUCCGGUGUACUCGCGCAAGACCAAUCCACAUUCGGUGCAAAUCGCCAGGACAUGGGGUGCCGAAGUGCAGAAGAUGGUCAACGAGGGGUCAAUUGCGCCAUUGCCCGUCGAAGAGCUCGAGGGAGGACUCGGUGCUAUCAUUGACGGGUUGGAGACCAUUCGCAAGGGUCAGGUACAAGGCAAGAAAUUGGUGGUGCGGGUUUGA